CAUCACAGCAUAUUUCUUCGUCUUUGAAAAGCAAAUAGUCACGCCGCCUCUCUCUCUCUCUCUCUGCACGUUGAACUCAAAGAAGUCGGAAAUGGCGUCUCCUCCGGUGGUGAGGUUCCCGAUCUUCUUGACGGUGAGAUUAGUCGGUAUUGUGGUUACGCUUCUUCUCUUCGUCUGGACACAGCGUUUCAGAGGAGGCCUUGCUCUCGUUUCCGACAACAAGGAUCUCAUUUUUAAUGUGCAUCCGGUGUUGAUGGUGGUUGGACUUAUUCUAAUCAAUGGCGAAGGGAUGCUUGCAUACAAAACAAUACCGGGAACAAAAAACUUUAAAAAAGGAGUUCAUCUCACGUUACAAUUUCUUUCUUUCGUUCUAAGCUUGAUUGGUAUCUGGGCUGCUUGGAAGUUUCACAAUGACAAGGGCAUCGAGAAUUUCUACAGCCUGCAUUCAUGGUUGGGUCUAGCUUGCCUUUUCCUCUUCUUCAUUCAGUGGGCUGCUGGAUUUGUUACUUAUUGGUACCCAGGAGGGUCAAGAAAUAGCAGAGCCACCCUGUUGCCAUGGCAUGUCUUUUUUGGAAUCUAUAUAUAUGCUCUGGCUCUAGCCACUGCCACUACUGGUAUCUUAGAAAAAGCUACAUUCCUUCAGACAAACAAGGUAAUAUCACGUUAUUCCGGUGAAGCAAUGUUGGUCAAUUCCUUGGGCAUUUUGAUUGUCAUUUUAGGUGGCUUUGUAAUUCUUGGAAUCGUUGCGCCAUCUAAUGAAAAAGCUAAUACCUCAUAAGGAAAUCAAUUACCAAACUGCUUUAUCAACUCACAGUUGUGUGUAGCUUCUACUUCUACCACACAGCUAGCAUGAUGUAUCAAUUGAAUUUAUUUAAAUAUACAUACAGGUUUAUUGUUCUGUUUGGUUUACCUGUACCAACAAGUUUGACUUACGCAAGAUUUGUUUUUGUCCUCUCUUCCUAAAUCGAUUUGUUUACUACUUGUUC